AUGGCUAUCACCUCUCGAUCGCACGAUGACUAUACCGUCGGAUGGAUCUGCGCGUUGCCAUUAAGGAUGGUGGCUGCGAAGGCCAUGCUCGAUGAAGUCCAUGAUGACCUACCGGCGUCAUCCUCGGAUCACAAUACGUACGUUUUGGGAAAUAUCAAAGAGCAUAAUAUUGUGAUUGCCUGCUUGCCAAUCGGCGAUAAUGGCCUUGUGUCCGCAAACACAGUAGCAAUGCAUCUGCUUUCCAGCUUUCCUUCUAUUCAUUUUGGUCUGUUGGUGGGCAUUGGAGGAGGAGUACCCAGUAGUCUCACCGACAUUCGACUGGGAGAUGUAGUGGUCAGCAAACCUACAGGUAUAUAUGGUGGUGUCGUUCAGUACGAUUAUGGCAAGGCUUUAAGUGCUGGAUUUCAGCGGACCGGCAUGCUGAACCGCCCACCCCAGGCGUUGCUAACGGCCCUAUCUAAACUGCAAACGUAUCACCUGACGGAUGGAAGUAGGAUAUUGGACUUCAUUGCCGAGGCUGAACAGAAGAUUCCUCAAUAUGCGUCUAAAUUCGCUCGUCCACCACAGGAGGAUCUUCUAUAUUUCUCCGAUUAUCAACAUGCUGAUUCUGACUGCACGAGUUGCAAAGCGUGUGAUCCUACUCGGGUUGUUCCGCGAUCAUCUCGAGAUAACAACGAGCCUGUGAUCCAUUACGGACUUAUAGCGUCGGCAAAUAAACUCGUGAGAGACAGUAAACUCCGUGAUCAAUUAAGUCGUGACUUGGGGGUUUACUGUGUGGACAUGGAGAACAAUAAUUGGCAAGGAUAUGCUUCAGCAGUUGCCGCAGCCUAUGCGAAAGAGCUUCUGUUAUAUACAACAGUCCGCCACUCGAAUCAAGUACAGACUGUGCGAGACUCCCCAUCGAACGCUCCUGAGUACUACGUCCCAUUUGAUCUUCCUGGAGCACUGGCGGUCGAGGAUUUUUUAGGACGACACGAUGAACUCGAACGUCUUUGGCAGCACCUACAGCCAGAAAGUAAAGGAUAUCGAAAAGUCGCCGUACUUCACGGAUUGGGUGGUAUUGGGAAGACACAAUUAGCGAUCCGCUUCGCACGGGAGCAUAAGGAGGAUUUUACUGCUAUCUUAUGGCUAUCCGGCAACAAUCGAGAAACAUUGCUGCGAUCUCUAAGCUCAGCCUUGUCCCGAAUACCUGGACAGUGCAGCAAAUCUGCCGCGAUAACUGACCAGGGAUUGAAGCAAAAUGCGGAGCAAGUACUGAGAUGGCUUUCAUCAUCGGGAAAUUCACGGUGGCUUGUUGUUCUUGAUAACAUCGAUCAGUACUCUCCUGGAACCGAUGAUGGAUAUGACAUUGGAAAUUUUUUCCCUACGGCUGAUCAUGGAUCGAUUCUAAUUACUUCCCGACUUCAAUCAAUAACUGAAUUGGGACGACCGUUUCCUCUGGGUGGUUUGGAUUUCGAUGAUGCCAUUUCGUUACUCUGGCAGAGCAGACACCUACCAAUCCCAGGCACUAGCACAAAGCUAGACCCAGAUGUCGUGGACCUACUCAAUCGUCUUGGCGGGCUACCAUUGGCGAUUACUAUCGCAGGAUCAUUCAUGCGCGAAACUGGUACCGAUAUCAGCGAGUAUCUAAAAUACUACCAGACAUCCUGGCACGAUCUACAGUCAGAUGCUUCGGAGGUAGCAGCCAUGGCGGAAAAAGAAGCCACUGUCUACAUCGUCGAUGUAGGCAAGUCGAUGAAACAGCACAAUAAUGGCCGAGACAUUUCCGAUCUUGAUUGGGCGAUGCGAUAUGUUUGGGAUAAGAUUACUACGACAGUAGCAACUGGUCGCAAAACGGCUACAGUUGGUGUCGUGGGACUCAAGACUGACGGAACGAAGGUACCGUUAGAAGAUGAAGAGGGUUAUGAGAAUAUCAGUGUCAUGCAGGAUCUGGGACAAGUGCUUAUGCCGGAUAUACGGCGACUACGCGAAGAGAUUAAACCCAGCGAGACCGAUGAAGGAGAUGCAAUUUCCUCGUUGGUGGUCGCCAUACAAAUGAUAAACGUCUACACCAAGAAAUUGAAAUACAAACGGAAAAUCUAUCUAGUCACUAACGGCAAAGGAGCAAUGAGCUCAGACGGAUUAGAGGAUAUUGCUUCAAAGCUCAAGGCGGACAAUAUUGAACUUAUUGUGCUGGGCGUCGACUUCGAUGAUCCUGAUUAUGGUUUCAAAGAGGAAGACAAGGACGAAGGCAAGGCGGAGAAUGAAUCCUUGCUUCGUGGCCUUGUAGAAGACUGCGACGGAGUCUACGGGACUCUGGCACAAGCGAUAGCAGAACUCGAUAACCCCCGCGUCAAAGUCGUGCGCGGCAUCCCAUCUUUUCGCGGAGAUGCCAGAUUAGGUGACCCUACGCAAUACGACACCGCUCUUCGCAUCCAAGUAGAGCGUUAUUAUCGAACAUACGUCGCCAAACCACCCAGCGCUAGCUCCUUUGUCAUAAAAACAGGCGGCGAUGCGAGCCAACCUCCGACACAGACCUUGGAAGAUAAAGACGUGGAUGCAAAUCUAACGAGCGUUCGAAGUCUGCGAACGUACCAUGUGGACGACCCUACAGUUGCUGGUGGUAAGCGAGAACUUGAACGAGACGAGUUGGCCAAGGGCUAUGAGUAUGGUAGAACAGCAGUCUAUAUCAGUGAAUCGGAUGAGAACAUCACAAAGUUAGAGACAACAGCUGUUCUAGAUUUGAUUGGAUUUAUUCAAGCUGAUCAUUACGACCGAUUUAUGAACAUGUCGAAUAGCAAUGUCAUCAUUGCUCAAAAAACGAAUGAUAAAGCCGCCUUGGCACUUUCAUCACUAAUUCAUGCUUUGUUUGAGCUAGACUGCUAUGCAAUUGCAAGGCUGGUUAUAAAAGAUGGCAAGAGUCCAUUGAUAGUUCUAUUGGCACCAUCAAUCGAACCAGACUACGAGUGUUUGCUCGAUGUGCAACUUCCUUUUUUUGAAGACGUUCGGUCAUAUAAGUUUCCGCCUUUAGAUAAGGUCAUUACCAUUUCUGGCAAGGAAGUGAAGGAGCAUCGAAAUCUACCUAGCGAGGACUUGGUCAAUGCAAUGAGCAAGUAUGUCGAUAGCAUGGAGUUGAUCGACAAGGACGAAGAGGGCGAAAUCGUUGAGACUAUACCUAUGGAGGAUAAUUACUCGCCGCUGCUGCAUCGAAUUGAACAAGCAGUGCGAUGGCGGGCAAUCCAUCCAGAUGAACCAGUUCCUCCGCCAUCGGAAAGGCUUACUCGACUCUCAAAGCCGCCAAAGGAAGUUCAAGAGCGUGCGCAGAAAUAUCUGGAUCGGAUGAUCAGCGCGGCAGAUGUGAAGAAAGUGCCACCCAAAGCAAAAGGCCGCAAACGCAACCGCGACGUUGACAAACCUCUGUCUGGACUGGAUAUUGACGAAUUACUCCAUCGCGAGAAACGUGCAAAGAUCUCACCAAACAACGCCAUCCCAGAGUUCAAGCAGAUGCUUGCCACUGUUGAGACCGUGGAAGGGAUCAAAGAUGCUACGAAUCAGAUGCAGAAAAUCAUCGAGGAUCAUAUCCGGACAAGCUUCGGAGACUCAAAUUACGACCGCGUCGUAGAAGAGCUUGGUGUGCUCCGUGAAGAAUUAAUUGACUACGAAGAACCAGAUCUCUACAACGAGUUUGUGCGACCGCUGAAGGAGAAGAUAUUGAAGGAAAAGCUAGGUGGUGACAGACAAGAAUUAUGGUGGCUCAUCCGGCGCUCAAAGAUUGGAUUGAUCGACAAGGCAGCGUCAGACCGAUCCGAAGUUACUGAAGAAGAGGCCAAACAGUUUCUUUCUUCUAAGUAG